GUAGUUAGGAAUUUAUCUCGCUCGGGUCCAAUGUCAUUUCUUUGUUUUGCUCGAAAACGCACAGAUUUAACUUCUUAUUUGUAAUUUUUUUGUUCUUUAAAAUAUAGUGCGAGUUCUGCGUAUUUAUCUCUCUUUCUCUUUUCCCUGCUGCGUCGAUUUGCCUUGGAUUUUGAAUGUAAAAUACGACUUUUAAGGCGUUUUCCCUCCGAGCCUGUUCCUUACUAAGUGAUGAUGCUGCUACUCAUAUAGUGGGCUAGCAGAACACUCAGAAGGUACAGGAUGCAAAGAUGGCAGAGGUUCUUGCACCGCCGGGACCACACAGCUUCCGUCCGUUCACCCGGGAGUCGCUCAAGGCCAUUGAAAAGCGAAUUGCAGAGGAGAAGAGUAAAAAACCUAAAAAAGGAGAGCAAGGGGGAAAUGCUAAUGAUGAGGAUCAGCCACAACCUACCAGUGACCUGGCAGCAGGGCAGAAAUUGCCGUUUAUAUAUGGGGACAUUCCCAAAGGAAUGGUGUCCACACCUCUGGAAGAUCUGGACCCAUUUUAUUGCAAUGAGAAAACCUUUAUAGUAUUGAACAAAGGGAAGUCAAUCUUCAGAUUUAAUGCCACUUCUGCCUUGUACAUGCUCAGUCCAUUCAACCUAAUAAGAAGAAUAUCAAUUAAGAUUUUGGUACAUACAUUGUUCAACAUAAUAAUCAUGUGCACGAUCCUUGCAAACUGUGUGUUUAUGACUUUCACUGAACGUGCGGAGCGUCGUUCCUUGUUCAAGAAAAUAGAGUACACAUUUACUGCGAUAUAUACAUUUGAUUCAUUAAUAAAAAUCAUAGCCAUGGGCUUUUGUAUGGGCAAAUUUACCUUCCUCAGAGACCCAUUCAACUGGCUGGACUUCACUGUGAUUGUGUUGGCGUAUGUGACAGAAUUCGGCAGCGGUUUGGGUAAUGUCUCUGCUUUGAGAUCUUUCAGAGUUGUUCGGGCCCUGAAAACAAUAUCUGUUAUUCCAGGCCUGAAGACCAUUGUAGGAGCUCUGUUCCAGUCAGUAAAGAAACUUUCAGAUGUGAUGAUUCUGACUGUCUUUUGUUUGAGUGUAUUUGCACUGAUUGCCAUGCAGCUUUUUAUGGGAAACCUGAAGAAUAAAUGCCUAAAGAUCCCAACAAACGACACUCAGCAAGAUUUCAAUGGAAGCUUCACUGUUUUCAACUUCACCCAGUACAUUAAUGAUUCGAAUAAUUAUUAUAAAAUUGAUGAAACGAAAGAUCCUCUGCUCUGUGGAAACAACAGUGAUGCAGGGCAAUGUCCAGAUGGCUAUGUCUGUUUCAAAGGAGGCCCCAAUCCAAAUCAUGGCUUCACCAGCUAUGAUAGCUUUGGUUGGGCUUUCCUCUCUCUCUUUAGACUGAUGACUCAAGACUACUGGGAAAAUCUCUACCAACAGACUCUUCGAGCUUCAGGGAAGACGUAUAUGAUCUUCUUUGUAUUGGUGAUAUUCCUGGGAUCGUUCUACCUGGUGAAUCUGAUCCUGGCUGUAGUGGCCAUGGCCUAUGAUGAACAGAACCAAGCCACCAUGGAAGAGGCCCUGCAAAAAGAGGAAAAAUUUCAGGCCAUGAUGGAACAGCUCAGGAGGCAACAAGCGGAGGCCCAGGCGGCAGUUGCAGUAUUUGAGACUGGCAACCAUAGUGGAGACAGUUCCUCUUUGGCCUCCAAACUCAGUUCCAAAAGUGCCAAAGAACGAUGCAACCGGAGAAAGAAGAGGAAGCAGAAAGAGGGAGAGGAGAAAGGGGACAAUGAAAAAGUCCAAAAUUCUGACCCAGGGAGCAUCAUUAGAAGGACCAGCUUCCGAUAUUCUGUGGAUGGAAACAUACUGUCAUAUGAUAGACCAUAUCAAUCUCCUCAUCAGUCACUUGUGAGUAUUCAGGGCUCGGUCUUCUCUCCACGCCGCAACAGUAGGACUAGCAUCUUUACCUUUCGUGGCCGCCUGGGAUCAGAGACUGGAUUUGCGGAUGAUGAGCACAGUGCGUUUGAAGACGCAGGCAGCCGCCGUGGCUCGUUGUUUCUGCCACAUUGCUCUGAGCGUCUUUACAGUACUGGAAGCAGGACAAGCUUGACCCCACGUGUUUUCCUGUCCCCAAAUGGAAAAGUGCGCAGUUCUGUGGAUUGCAAUGGCACAGUGUCAUAUGUGACUGGGAACUCAUUGCCUAGCUCUCCAGAUGUUCUGCAGCUCCCUGAUGUACCCACAGAUAAAGCCAUGACAGAUGACAGUAAAAAAAAAGAGGAGUACAGAAAGAGAUAUGAAGCUGAACAACUCUCGCCUGGGUUUUUGACUGAGCCUACAGCUAGAGAGAGGGCUCUGAGUGUAGCUAGUAUUAUCACCAACACAAUGGAAGAGCUGGAGGAUUCGAGGCGGAAGUGCCAUCCAUGUUGGUAUAAGUUUGCAAAAACAUUUCUAAUCUGGGAUUGCUUUCCACUGUGGGUGAAAAUAAAGAAACUAGUUAACUUGUUUGUUAUGGACCCAUUUGUGGAUCUGUUCAUCACCAUCUGCAUUGUAAUUAAUACCAUAUUCAUGGCCAUGGAGCAUCACAACAAGGCUGAUUAUUUCGUGGUAGCCCUUACAGUGGGAAACUAUGUUUUCACAGGGAUCUUUACAGCUGAGAUGAUCUUCAAGAUUAUAGCAUUGGAUCCUUAUAAAUACUUCCAAGAAAGCUGGAAUAUAUUUGAUAGUGUCAUUGUAACCCUGAGUAUUGUAGAGCUUGGGUUGGAAAAUGUACCUGGAAUGUCUGUCCUUAGGUCAUUCCGUUUGCUUAGAGUCUUUAAGCUUGCCAAGUCUUGGCCAACUUUAAAUAUGCUGAUCAAAAUCAUUCACAAUUCAGUUGGUGCCCUCGGCAACCUGACGCUCGUCCUGGCCAUCAUUGUCUUCAUCUUUGCUGUAGUAGGCAUGCAGUUGUUCGGAAAGAGUUAUACAAGUUGUUAUUGUAAGUCUACAACUGGAGACUGCAGGCUCCCUCGCUGGCACAUGAGCGAUUUCUUCCACUCCUUUCUGAUAGUGUUCCGUGUGUUAUGUGGCGAGUGGAUAGAGACCAUGUGGGACUGCAUGAAUGUAGCUGGGCAGAGCAAGUGCCUAACUGUCUUCCUCCUGGUGAUGGUGAUUGGAAACCUUGUGGUUCUGAACCUCUUCCUGGCCUUAUUGCUUAGCUCUUUUAGUGCCGAUAACCUGGCAGCCACAAAUGAUGACUGCGAAAUGAAUAACCUGCAGAUUGCAAUGGGGCGCAUCCACAGGGGUGUAGCGUUCACUAAAGCCAGUGUGCACAGCUUCUUUCAAAGCAGCUGCUUUAGAAGGAGACGGAAUAAGGUUAAGGAGGAAGAUGGCCUGAAAGAUUGCAAGAAGCUGGCUGAUAUGUCAACUCAUACCACAGUGGAGCUGAUUAAAGAGCCACAGUGUGAGAAAGAGGCAUUGGGUACCGACAGUGGCUCUGAGAAUUUCAUCUUCGAUCCCACCUUGUCUGUCUCUGUACCCAUAGCCACUGCUGACUCUGACCCUGAGUGCAACAUGGACGAUUUAAGCAGUUACUCUUCGGACAUGAAUGAAGAUAAAGAGAAACUGUCAGACUGUAUGAGCUCUUCAGAGGGCAGCACAGUGGACCUUCAGCCCCUGAAGGAGAGAAGAGAAUCACUUGACUUUGAGCUUGAAUUACCUGCGGAUGAUCCAGAGGCCUGUUUUACACAAGGCUGUGUGAACAGGUUCCCUUGUUGCCAGGUGAACGUGGAAAAAGGCAAAUGGAAGACAUGGUGGACCCUCAGGCACACCAGUUACAGGAUAGUGGAGCAUAACUGGUUUGAGUCAUUCAUCAUCUUUAUGAUCCUGCUGAGCAGUGCUGCACUGGCCUUUGAAGACAUACACAUUGAGAAAAGGAAGAAUGUAAAGACUGUUUUGGAAUAUGCAGAUAAAGUGUUUACCUACAUCUUCAUAUUGGAGAUGCUUCUGAAAUGGCUGGCGUAUGGAUUUGCGAAAUAUUUCACCAAUGCCUGGUGCUGGCUUGACUUCCUGAUAGUGGGCGUCUCUCUGAUCAGCCUAGUGGCCAGCGCUCUCAAUUAUUCAGAGCUUUCUGCCAUCAAAUCUCUGCGUACACUUCGAGCCCUGAGACCUCUUCGCGCUCUAUCACGCUUUGAAGGCAUGAGGGUGGUGGUCAACGCUCUUUUUGGUGCCAUUCCCUCCAUCGUGAAUGUACUGCUUGUCUGUCUCAUCUUCUGGCUCAUCUUUAGCAUCAUGGGUGUCAACUUGUUUGCUGGAAAGUUUUAUGAAUGUGUAAAUGCAACUAAUGGUUCUCGCAUGAGUAUGGAAGUGGUCAUGAACAGAACCGAUUGUGAGCAGCUGGGCAACAGUACCCGGUGGAAAAAUUUAAAGAUUACCUUUGAUAAUGUUGGAGCAGGAUAUCUGGCUUUGCUGCAAGUAGCUACUUUCAAAGGCUGGAUGGAUAUUAUGUAUGCUGCAGUUGACAACCGUGGUGUGGAUCAACAGCCUCAGUAUGAAGCAAGUCUGUUGUACUACAUCUACUUUGUAGUCUUCAUCAUAUUUGGCUCCUUCUUCACAUUGAAUCUUUUUAUUGGCGUCAUUAUUGACAACUUUAAUCAGCAGAAGAAAAAGUUUGGAGGUCAGGACAUUUUUAUGACAGAGGAACAGAAGAAAUAUUACAACGCUAUGAAGAAACUUGGUUCGAAGAAACCACAAAAACCAAUUCCCCGGCCAACAAACAAGCUCCAGGCUCUUCUUUUUGACAUUGUUACAAAUCAAGCUUUCGACAUCUUCAUUAUGGUACUUAUAUGCCUUAAUAUGGUCACUAUGAUGGUGGAGUCAGAAAAUCAGACCCAAGAUACACGCCAUCAUCUGAAGAAGAUCAACAUGGUGUUUGUGGUAAUCUUCACAAUGGAAUGUGUACUAAAGAUGAUUGCACUUCGACACUACUUUUUCACUCUUGGCUGGAACAUCUUUGACUUUGUAGUGGUCAUUCUCUCGAUAGUUGGCACGUUUGUCUCUGAAGUCAUUAAGUACCUGUUUUCUCCAACCUUGAUCCGUGUUGUUCGACUUGCUCGGAUUGGCCGUAUUUUGCGCCUCAUCAAAAGUGCCAAGGGAAUACGUACCCUUUUGUUUGCCUUAAUGAUGUCUCUCCCAGCCCUAUUCAACAUCGGACUUCUUCUCUUCUUAGUCAUGUUUAUCUACGCAAUUGUCGCCAUGUCACAAUUUGCCUAUGUCAAGAAGGAGGCUGGAAUAGAUGACAUGUUUAACUUUGAGACUUUCGGCAACAGCAUGUUAUGUUUGUUUCAGAUCACUACCUCUGCAGGGUGGGAUGGACUCCUGUCACCCAUACUUAACAAGCCUCCUGAUUGCGAUCCAAAUAAGGAGCACCCUGGCAGCCAAUAUAAAGGUGACUGUGGCAACCCAGCUAUUGGUAUCAUCUUCUUUGUGAGCUACAUUAUUAUAUGCUUCUUGAUCGUGGUGAAUAUGUACAUAGCUGUGAUCCUUGAAAACUUCAGUGUGGCCACAGAGGAGAGUGCUGAGCCAUUAAGUGAGGAUGACUUUGAAAUGUUCUAUGAGGUGUGGGAAAAAUUCGAUCCUGACGCUACACAGUUCAUAGAAUACAAACAGUUGUCUGACUUUGCCGAUACUCUUGACCCACCUCUGCGUAUACCUAAGCCCAAUAGGAUCCAGCUAAUUCACAUGGACUUGCCAAUAGUAAGCGGGGAGCGUAUCCACUGCUUGGACAUCUUGUUUGCAUUUACAAAGCGUGUCCUGGGAGAAAGUGGUGAUAUGGAUGUUCUUCGUGGGCAGAUGGAGGAUCGUUUCAUGGCUUCUAACCCUUCUAAGGAGUCUUAUGAGCCCAUCACUACAACUCUACGCCACAAGCAUGAGUUCAUGUCAGCUAUCAUCAUUCAGCGGGCCUUCAGGAUGCAUCUUAGGAGACAGAAUGUAAAAAUGGACUCAGAACCAUACAAAGAAGCUGUACAGGAGAAUGGAAUUGUUUCAAACAGGUGUAACAACCACUCUGCUUCAGACAAAUCUGAAACAUCAUCCUCUACCAUUGUCCCACCAUCAUAUGCCAGUGUAACACAAUCUGGUAAGAACAAAUAUGAGAAAGACAAGAGGGAAAAGGAAAUAAAAGGAAAAGAUAACAAUGAGCGGUAAAUGUGUCAGGAUGAAAAAAGCAAAACAACAACAAUAUUUUGGAGUUGUUUUUUUAACAAUAUUAUUAUUUUUUUAUUUUAAUCAUCUCCAUGGAUUUAUUAUUUUUUUAUUUUAAUCAUCUCCAUGGAUUAACUAUACAUUUUUCCUAAGUGUAGUUAUAUAUGCCAUAGUGGUACCAUUUGCUAUCAUCUUAUUGAACGUACUAUCUUCUUUAAUAGUAUCUUUAAUUAUGCUGUCUUGAAGAAAUUUUACUUACUUACUUUAGUGCCAUGCCCUUUUAAGUGAAUGAAAGCCAUCUUCUGAUGCAUUCUGUUACCAUCCAUCGUUUUUUUUCUGUCAUGCUUCCUGCUCUCAGUGGUGCUUUUGUUGUAUAUUACUGCUGGUUUUUAAACCUUGUCAGAAAUUGAAUGGAGGCAUAAUUUCGUUGCCUUUCUGAAGUCAUUUUCUGAAGUCAUUAUCAACAGCACUUCCCAUUAUGUAUGCAGAUAUUAUUGUCCUUGUUCGAUUAAGCCAUGUACUUUAUGUAAUCAUUCGGCUGUAAAACAACCAUGCUUGCAUCAUAUGCCUUUUCCUCAUUCAGAGAUUUUAAAACAUGGAUGUUGCUAAAUCUGUUUGAGCUCCAGUGAAUCACUUUGUUUACAACGGACAAUUCAGGGAAUUUUAUCAUUUGAAGAAGUUGAUGAAACCUUUUUCAUGCUGGCUAAUCAGCAGAGAAAUUGAGCCAUGUUAUGUUGGACUCUAGAGAGAUGGGAUUGAAAUAAAGCCUCUCAAAUGCUACGUAAACCAGAAGUAACCAGUUCCUCAUGAAAUCCUCAGGGAAUUGGUGAUACUUAUGCAGGAUUUAUCCUCCAACAUCAACCAAAGAGGGACCUGUGUGCUGCAGCAAAUGAGAAAAUGUAUGUAAAUGUGCCUAUGAAUGUACUAGAAAAUUGAAUGUGUAUGAGCGAGAGCAUAUACAAGACAUAAACUGGCAGAAUCAGCCAUAACCAGCUGUAACUACACUGUUUAAUUUAGCAAGUAUAUAAAUCUUGUCUUAUUAACACCAUUUGAUUACACUAGUGAAGAUCGUGCAUUUUGACUUAGUCUGUCUGAAAGUCUCAAAGGUUUUGCUAUGCAUCCUGGGUAUUUAUUUUCUUUACAUUCCAUCUGUGCCACAGAUUUGAUCCUGCCAGAAAUUUGAUCAUUCUAGCUUGCAAAGAUUCAUUUAAUUAUAUCCAUGGAACACAAACUUGUAUUAUUAUCAUUUCCAGGAAUAAUAUUAGAAUGAUAAACUUAAUAUUAUAACUUAAUAUUACCAAAAAAAUAUUUUGGUGGAAUAAAGCUAUAAAGAUGAGAAAAUAGGCCAUAUCCCAUAGACAUCUAUGCUAAAGAAAGUGUUGUAUCGCAUCCAGUAUUUCAGGAUGGCUCUACGCCUCACAGGUGCCUGUUAACCAUGUUAGAAAGCCAUUAGUACAGUAUAUGUGCCUAUUUGCAUCAUGAGCAUACAGUACAAAAUAAAUUCUUUAAUAAACAAAAAACUCUUAGGUCUUACCUUUAAAAAAUCUAUUGCACAUUAAAGCCAUUCAACAAUUAAAUUCAGAAGAAGUAACUUAAACUUUAUUGUGCAAGUUUCUUGUAUUCUUGAUUAAAAACAGAUAUAUUGUAGAAAUAUGAAUUGUCUAGCAUAUUUUAUAUGUUCGAAAAUGGAAAAAAAAUGUCUAUUAAAAUAUAUUCUGCGUCUAGUCAGCUGGAUGUUGGGAAGAAACAAUGAGUUGAAUUUAUUUCCUUAAUAUGCCUAUAUUGCAUUACUGAAAUAUUCUGUAUAUCACUUUGCUUUUAUACACUGUGUGUGCGUGUGUGUUUGUGUGUCAGAGUGUGUCUGUUGUUUGUAAAGAGGUUUGAGAUAAGAAAUACACCACGCACACUUUGGUUGCACUUUUUUAGUUUAAUUACCUCCCUCUAAAGACUGCACUCUAAAUUGCUGUACUGUGUAUUUGAAUCUUAUUUGUACUUUGAAGAGGUGUCUUUAGGAACUGAGCAUGUGCAUUGACUAAUAUUAUCUAUGACUGAAAUAGAGAAUAUCUUUGGUUGAUUCUGUCUGUGCCUGGAAUUGUGUGUCCUACAGUACAUUCAAAAAAUCCUUGCAUUUGUUUACAUUAUGUUCAUGGAAUUUUCUCAUGUCCAUUUCUAUUCUGCUUUGAAUCAACUACUUAUCCUUAAAGACUUGUUAUAUAUGUCUCACAUAAACACUGUUAUGAUUCUGUUCUGUGAGUGUGUUAUACAGUGAAAUAUACAUUUAUAUGAAAUUAAUGUUUUGAUUACAUAAGCACAGGUAAUAAAUGACAUAUUUUAUACAUACAUUAAGCUUGUAAUCUAUUAUACUGCAUGCCAGAUACUGCCAUGAGUCUGAUUAAGGAAGCCAAAAGAAUAAAAAUGUCAUGUAAA